UUUCUGCAUUUGCAGAAUGUCUAUUGCCAUGCAAGGGCACGUUUUUUGUCUGUCAAUCGCUAGGGGACUCCAGCGUGGUGAUGCAUUGGACACACACACAGUCACACACACACACACGCAUCUAGAUUAAUGUACUGCUCAGGAUGUUGCAACCGCAGCAGCCCAUCACAGGCAACGGGCCCAGCGCAAGCCGCGGUCUCGGGUUGAGCGUUCACCCGGGAAUGCAUCCCCUUAACCCGGUGCACCCGCCCUCUCAACACCGCCCCGAUGGAGACCCCGCGGGCCUCGAAGCCACCGAAAAUGGACACGACAACCGCCGAGACAUUGGAGAUAUACUGCAACAAAUCAUGACGAUCACCGACCAAAGUUUAGACGAAGCUCAAGCAAAAAAACACGCUUUAAACUGUCAUCGGAUGAAACCGGCUUUAUUCAGCGUCCUGUGCGAAAUUAAAGAGAAAACUGGUCUCUCCAUGAGAAACGCUCAGGAGGAGGAGCCUCCAGACCCACAGCUCGUGCGAUUGGAUAACAUGCUGCUGGCCGAAGGCGUGGCCGGUCCAGAGAAGGGGGGCGGAGCCGCCGCUGCGGUCUCUGCGGCGACCAGCUCUGGCGGGAUGUCACCUGACAGCUCAUUGGAGCACUCCGACUAUAAAAGCAAGUUGAGCCAAAUUCGGAACAUUUACCACACAGAGCUGGAAAAAUACGAGCAGGCCUGCAGUGAGUUCACUACCCACGUCAUGAACCUGCUGAGGGAGCAGUCGCGCACCCGGCCCGUGUCUCCGCGCGAGAUCGAGCGCAUGGUGGCCAUUAUCCACCGCAAGUUCAGCUCCAUUCAGACGCAGCUCAAGCAGAGCACCUGUGAAGCGGUCAUGAUACUGCGCUCGCGCUUUCUGGACGCCAGACGCAAGCGGCGUAACUUCAGUAAACAGGCUACGGAGGUGCUGAACGAGUACUUCUAUUCACAUCUCUCGAACCCUUACCCGAGCGAGGAAGCCAAAGAAGAGCUGGCCAAGAGCUGCGGUAUCACUGUGUCUCAGGUGUCCAACUGGUUUGGUAACAAGAGGAUUCGCUAUAAGAAGAACAUUGGGAAGUUCCAGGAAGAGGCCAAUCUGUACGCCAUGAAGACGGCUCUGGGGGCGACACAGAGCGAGGAAUCGCCCCACACUCCAAACUCCACUGGUUCAGGGUCGUUCUCGCUGUCAGGGUCAGCUGACUGCUUCCUCGGAGUUCCUCCAAUGAAUGGAGAGCAGCCUCCCUAUCACAUGGGGGCUCAGGACGCUCAAUCACGCUUCUCAGAAAGACUCUAUAGUACCAGAGAGAGCCGGACUAACGGUAACUGGCAGGAGCAGAACACGCCGCCCUCCGCCGCUUCACCCGGAUCCGAUCACUCCGACAACUCCGACUGAUGAACCCGAGGACAGACGGAUCGACGAAAGAAUGAUGGUCACUCUUCUACCCACCUGCAGUUUCAGUUUUUCUUGUUUGUUUUUUACUUUUGUUAUUAUUAUUAUUAUUAUUAUUAUUAUUGGACUUCACAUUGAGCCUCAUUCAUGAAACACAAGCAGUGAAAAUCUAUUUUUUACGAAAAUUGUCAUGUUCCAUUCAAUGUGAUAAUCUACAUAAGAAUGGGCCUCAUUCAUAAAACAUGAGCAGAGUGAAUUUUGUUCAUAAAAUCAAUUCAAUAUGUGAAUAUAUACACACACACACACAGUAUAUUUGUUCAGCUUUUGUUUCAUGAAUAAGGCCGUUUCUCCGUUUGGAUGAAUGAGUGUGUUUGAGCUGGAUGAGAUCAUGGCUUUUAGUAUUUUAUUCUAGUUUUAUUUUACACGUUUCCACUACAUCACAACUUCCACUGUUUGUUACUGCAAUAUCUGGGUGUUGAAAGGGGAACUUUUUAACCUGCAUUAAGACUGCUUUCAUUAUAGCUAUAUUAUUAUUAUUAUUAUUAUUAUUAUCACUGCUCUACAUUGUUUAUUCAAAGCUCAGAUAGAAUUGGCUUGGGUGAAGGGGGCAAUAGAGAAAAAUCCAAAGAUUGUGUUUUGUGUGUGUGUGUGUGUGUGUGUGUGUGUGCGUGUGUGUGUGCGUGUGUGUGAGUUUCUCUUUUUUACUGGGUUUGUGUAUGUAUCAAUUAUAUGAAUGAGGUGCGUUUGCUGUCUUUAUUUACCGUUUGAAUGAGUAUAUCAACAGUGCUGUCUUUUUCUCUGUACAGUGAAACACCUGUAUUCUCUACCUCUUUUACAAUAAAGACUGUCUGUGUACACAUUCA